AUGCUCGACCACACGGCUUUUCCCUUGGUCAUCGACCUCAUCCUGUACCACGCUGCCCCGAACACGCUGGCGGCCUUCAGCGCGACAUGCAAGGCGUAUCGCGACAAACUACGACACCAGCUCCGGCACGUGUCCCUUGCGACAGAGGGCUACCUGUGCCCCGUCAACCCGGGCACCCUUACACCGCCAGCCCUACCCAUGGUUCCAGGCCUAGUGGAUGCCCUUGACGUGGCGCAGAGCACGCUCCACGCUCCCGCCAUCCGCGCCGCGCUCGACGCCGGCAUAGCCGACGACUUUGACCUGCGCUACCUCCGCCGAAUCGGGGCACCCACCUCGGCAGGGGUCAACUUCCACCUCGCAACACACGCCGACACGCUGGUCCACUUCCUCGACCUCGACGAGUGGGACUUUCCGCUCCUGGACACGGGGUACGCCGUCGUCGAUAUGGACCUCGGCAUGUCGCGUACGCGUCAUGUCAUCCACCUGCGCUGGUGCGACGACCGGCCCUUGGUGCCCGGCGACCCGCGUGCACUGGGCCUCGUAACGUUCAACUUUGCCUGCUUGGACGAAGGGUACGAGUACGUGUUCGUGCUCCAUCCCUACUCGACCACAGGGCAGGCGCAUCCACACAGCGCGCGGGCGUUGUUGCUCAGUAUCCUUUGGGCGGCAAUCCACGACGACAUGGGCCCAGAGUUCGAGGCUAGCAUCACCAUCGUUGGGCUGGAAGCGACCGACCUGUCCGCUCUCGAAGUCGAGGGCAGCGUCGAGCGUGUGGAUGAUGGCGUCCCGGAUAUGUUCAGGCCGUUUGCGGCGACGUUCGAGUACUACAUCGACGAGACGGACGCCGACGACGAGGAGAGCAACCUGGACAUCUUCCGCCGCUCGACGCGAUACUUCACCAUGGAGGACUGGCGCGCCAAGCUCGACGACGAGGAUCGCGAGCUGAUUGCUGAGUGGGUCGAGGCGACGCCAUAG